CCACUUCCGGGUUCAUCUUCAUCGCUUACGACAUUUUGUAGCGACACUGUUCAUUUCCUUUCUUUCCUCAUGAAGAUGGCUUCGUCUUUUUGGAAAGGUGUUGUAUGUGUUGGUCUAUUUGCCUUGGCUCAUGCAGCUUUCUCAGCCGCUCAACAUCGAUCCUACAUGCGUCUGACAGAAAAAGAAAAUGAAACCCUACCAGUAGAUAUUGUCUUACAGACUUUGUUAGCGUUUGUUCUGACCAUUUAUGGUAUAGUCCACAUUGCGGGAGAGUUCAAAGAAAUGGAUGCCUCCUCAGAGCUGAAAAACAAGACAUUUGACACGUUGAGGAACCACCCAUCUUUCUACAUGUUCAAUCAUCGGGGUAGGGUGCUCUUCCGCUCCCCUGACCAAGAGGCUUCCGCUGUCCCGAACCCACAGGCCCUGCCCAACCCCCUGCGGCUUCGCAAGCUGGAGCAUUUGCACUGAGACUGGCCUUCUCUGCCCACAUGUCUUUAUUUCUGUGCAGAUGAGCUUAUUGGUUAGAUGGAGGGAAAAGUAAUUUCUCCCACUUUUAAUUUGUCUUUGUACAUAUAUUAAUAUGCUGUACAAAUUUGCAUCUUUCCAUAAAUGUGGUUACCAAUAUUUAACUCCUGACUGUGCCAACCAACCCCUCAGUUUUCAGGCAUAUUUGUUUGUAUAUAAUUGUUAUUGCUUAGGAGUUGUAAGGAUUUGACACCUCAUCCCCUACCUCUUCCUAACAGCAUGGGGGAAAUUUUCCCCUUUGUUGGACAAGGGGCAUAAUAGAAUGUUUUCUGUUUUGUUUACCACACAUAUGUCUAUCAUGAGCAGCUGUCUGGAACUAUUUAUUUCAUAUUUUAUCUGCAGAUAUGAGAUUUGUUUUAUGGAGUAAAAAGCCUUCACUUCAGUUAAAGAAUUCAUGACCAUUCAUUAUGCCGAUCUGUUGCAAAACGUUUCUUAAAUGGGAGCAAAUGAAGCGAGGAGGGACUAAUCUGAAAUUGUCCAAUUGAAACACUCUUGUUUAAAUGAUUACACCCCUGAUCUCCUGGAGUUUGAAAUUUGGCUUUUGAGUUUAUUCUGUAUGCAAUAAAGAGUUAUUACAGUCGGAGUCACAAACGUCAAGCCAGAAGGGUGCAGCAUGGAAAGCAGAGUAAGGCAGUGUUCCAGAGAUGCUAAUGAUACUAUGAACACUAAGUAGAGACUAAUGGUACAUUUAUUUGAGGCCAUGUGUUUUUUUCUUCAUUUGACAUUUUGGUUAAGAUUAACUCCCUGUUUUUAACUUAAUAAAAUCAGACUGAGAUUUUA